AUGCAAUCUCAUGUCACUAAAAUCGCCGACGACUAUAUCUCAUCCACUGAGUUUCAAAGAUCUCUGGCUGAUAGUAUCAACGUUGAUGCCGCCGGUUUUGAAAUUCAUCUUGGUUCAUCGGAAGAAAAGUUAAAUGAACUAAUAAAUUCAUAUCAAGCAAAGACAGCCAAACUGGAUGAAGAGUUAACCAAACUUUAAGAAUAAUCUAGCGCUGAAAGACAAAGCCAUAGCAGGUCUUGAAGAUGACAAUUGUGACCCUCCACAGGAUUUUAAUGCUAAAGGUGAAAGCACGCGCACGACACGCUUUCACUUUAAAACAAAAGAAUUUAUUUUAACACACUUUAGCACGCUUGCAAUCUUGCCUCAUUAGCAAUUUCUUUUGUUUCAGAGGACACGCUUGAGACAAUUAACCGUGAGCAAGUCGGACAAAAGAGCGUGUUAAAGUUUUCAAACAAAAGCUCCGUGCGAAAAAGCACAACAAGCUUUCAGUGUGCGCAAAAGCACGCAAGGCGUGUUAUCUAUAAGCUUAAUAAAUUUCCUCUACAAAAAGGAACCGCAAAUGAUUAUGAACGGCACCCUUUUUUGGUAACUAUAAGAAAGAAAAAGUUAUACCUCAGCGAUCGCAGCGAUAGUAUCUGAUUGAAAAAACGUUGUUGCUUGAAAAGCAUAAACAGUGAACGGUGUGACCUACUGGAUUUAUGGGUAGAACUAUAUUAGCAUUGCAAAAUCAAAGUUCUUUACAGAAAUGGAAAGAACUUUAGCUCGAUCUAAAGGGGUAACGGUCAAGCUACUCGAAAGUGAUGUCGUUUGAAGUUAUGUCGUCCAAAACCUGAUAAUAUGAGCUUUGUCGCCCAAAAUUCAAGAAAAGUCGCCCGCAAUCCUCCCUCAUUCUACAGUGUUUUUAGUUUACAGAUUCUUGUUUUUUUCGUACUGUGAAGAACGAGAUAUAGUACACGUUUACAGCGCUUGAUUCGUCUUAGCAUAGCGUAACGAGAUAUCUUCACAUAAAUUAUGAUUGAUAGCGCUUCGUUCGUCAGGGGCACCUGACGGCGAUUUCCUCCUAAAUGCAUCCUAGCAUCCUAGGACAACUUCAGUCUUUUCGAAAUUACAAGGGCUUCAGCAUUAUUUUCCCAAAAAAUUUAGCUUCCAAUUGAAAGUUUCAGGAAAGUGAGAAUUUUAUCGUAUUUUCGGUUCCGAAAAUUUUAGGAUUCCUUAAUUCUCUACGAAAAAUAGCUUAACUGGGGAAUGAAAUGGAAAAAAUUAAACUUCAGAAAAUCGUAAGGAAUUUAUUAGAUAACCUUCGAAAAUUGUACAUGCAUGGAACGGUCAUCUAGAAAUGUUUAGCCUUCCUCAACCUAUAGAAAAUUCUAGGCAGUUUUUGUUUCUUCGAUUUAAUUACCUUCGUUCGUCUCAGCAUGGCUUAAAGAAAUAUAUUAAACUAAUUUAUUCAACUUCAUUUCUCUGUGCAUUUCUGCUAAUAAAUAUUCCGGUGGCAUAACUAUAAUUUUCAGGCGACAUAACUUCAGUGCCUCGUAUGCGAUAGCAGGCCUCUUUGCGAUUCCGGUCAACAGCCGACAGCCGGAGGAAUUGGUUUACACUGAUCUCGCGUUAAUUCCAGGCUAGACCACCAUUAAGUCGUGAUUUUCAAAUGGCCACGGUUACUAUCAAAUUCCAAAACAGUCUCAAUUGGUAUAUUUGAUUCACUUCGACCAGUCAUCAAUGCUGAUUAAAUCCGCUGAAAACCCAAGCCAUUUUUAUCAUCUUAGCGGUUUUAGUAAUCAAGCGUGUUCAGCGUGUCUUACCCAAAUUGCACGCUAACCGUGCUAUAAUUCGCACACUUACCGUGACAUAUGGCACGCUACAAAAAAACAAAAGGUCUAGCGUGUUAAAUUUGCCAAAACAAAGGCAAGUGUGUCCGUCUUUGUUUUUUCAAUUUAAUAUGCGCAUAUCCGUGAUCUACGGCACGCUAAGCGUGUCGUGCAAGCGUGUCGUGCGCGUGCUUUCACCUUUAGCAUCAAAUUCCUGUGGAGAGUCACAAUUAUAGACUAUCACAAGAAGUAGUCGACUUGGAGCAAUACACAAGAAGAACCAAUGUUCGUAUCUAUGGCAUUGCUGAACAGCCAGAGGAGAACACUGACAAUCUUGCAGUCGACUUCUUCAAAUCUGAACUCAAGGUGGAUGUUGCUUCAAAUGACAUAAGUAGAUCUCAUCGUGUAGGCAAGAAAUCUGGAGCCAAACCAAGACCUAUUAUCGUGCGGUUUACUAAGCAUAAGACUAAAGUUGCGGUCGUAUGUCUCGCCGCCGUGUGCUCAAGGAACGUAAACGUCCAUGGAUUUAACCAUCAAUCGCCGCGAAAUUCUUAA